GUCUGCUAAUGAAUAGAUUUCUUAUAAUGAUCGUCUGCUGAUCACUUCAUUUUUUAUUUCGAUCGAAUGCAGCCACCAUGAACGACGAUAUAUCAGAUGCGGUAAAAUAUGGCGAUUUUGAAGUAUUUAGUGGGGAUAAUUAUGAAGCCCUCCUGCCAGAAUUAAAAUUAGAAGGUUUUGAUUCUGAUUUUGACAAUUUUCUAUCCGAAAUGGUCGUUUCGGACUUCGAUAUAACAUUAACCCAACAGGCAUUUGCCGAUUUGAAAAAAUCCGAUGAUCCCGGGUUGCCAGCCCCAGAAACGCCAACAAGUACUCGUUUUGCCAAGCUUUCCGACGACGAAAUUAAAGGAUUUCAGGAACUCACACAAUCAAAGGCUACAAAACAAAGCACCAAAUGGGGUUUAAAGAUUCUUACAGAUUGGCAUAUUGAAACGUUUGGAGUCCCUCUAGAUCUGGCUGAGAUUUGGGCAAUCGGUUUUUAG